UUUUAUGCGAGAGAAAGAAAAAUAGUAAUUUUCUAUAAUUUUUAUUUUUGUUUUAUAAACUAAACGAUUUCCACGAACACGUGUUUUUCAGGAAAUUGAAUUUUUUUUCCAAUUAUUUAUAUAUAAAGCGUUAAAAUGAGAUACGCUCAAUUAGUGAUGGGUCCAGCCGGUUCCGGCAAGUCUACCUAUUGUUCAAUUAUGCAACAACAUGCCAUUGAUUCAAAGAAAACAAUAGAUGUUGUGAAUUUAGAUCCUGCAGCAGAAUAUUUUGAUUACAAGCCUUUGGCAGAUAUAAGAGAGUUAAUUCAGUUGGAUGAUGUUAUGGACAGCGAAUUGAACUUUGGACCCAAUGGUGGACUUGUUUUCUGCAUGGAAUAUUUAGUUGAAAAUGCAACCUGGCUGACGGAAGAAUUAGGUGAUACAGAUGAGGAUUACAUAAUAUUUGACUGUCCAGGGCAAAUUGAAUUAUAUACUCAUAUGACUGUGAUGCGACAGCUGAUAACCAUGCUACAAAAUCUUAAUUUUCAUAUAUGUGGAGUAUUUCUGAUUGAUGUCCAAUUUAUGGUUGAUGCACCAAAGUUUCUAUCUGGAACUCUAGCUGCCCUUAGCGCAAUGAUAAAUCUAGAAAUUCCACAUAUUAAUGUUCUUAGUAAAAUGGAUUUACUAUCAAAGAAUAUGCAGAAGAAAUUAGAUGAUUAUAUAGAACCUGAUCCAUACAGUUUAUUGACAGAUGCAGAAAAAGAUCCAUGGAACAAUAAAUAUCGCAGUCUUACGGAAAGUAUUGGUAGAAUUAUAACAGAUUACAGUUUAGUACGAUUCUUGCCAUUAAAUAUUAAGGAUGAAGAAAGUAUUGCAGACAUUAAAUUAAUAAUUGAUAACACUAUACAAUACGGUGAAGAUACAGACAUAAAAGUUAGAGACUUUGAUGAACCAGAUAAUGAAAUUGAUGAAUCUACUUAAAGUUAAAGUAAAACUUUAUAA